UACAGCAACCAAGUCUGACAUUGAACUUCCAUUUACCAUAACUUGGAAGUCCAAAAAGACCGGUUACGAAGUCAAGUCGAAGGGCGUGUACAAAGGCACGAGCUACUGGAACACUACCACCGACCUCAAGCAGAACCAGGAUGGUGGAAACAGAGAACUAGACCCGGAUGAUGGGUCGGAAGGAUGGGAAAAGGCUGAAGUGAUUUCGCGCACCGAGACUACGGCUACGAACGAGGAACGCAGUCUAGACGACGAAAACCCUGAGGGCAAGAGGAAGGAUUUCGUGAGGAAUGCCCAGGAAGACGAAUGAACAUGAGCACGCGGCGUAUGGCGCAGAGGGAAGGUAUGCGCAGGAAGAGCCCGAGCCCGAGGAUUAUGAGCAAGAAACCGAAGAACUGGAAACCUGGGCGUACGACACAAAGCGCAGCCAGUACGAAGAAGAUAGAGACGGCGAGACACGGGUUGAACGAUACGGGGAAGACGAUGACACUACGCGAAACAACGGCUAUGGACAGGAUGAUCAGUAUAAUGGAGAGCCAGGGCAAGAGAAGAACGACGCGAACGCACCAGAAGACUUCACAUACAAUGGGCGGUCGUUCGACAACGAGAGAUCUUCUUACAAUGGGCAACCUUACAAGGAGCGGUCUUCUUACAACGACCAGAGCUCCUACAACGAUCAGAGCUUGUACAACGAAAAAGGGGCAGAAGAAGCGGGAUCUCAGUGGCUAUCGUGAAAGGCAGGAUGAGCAGGAAAAUGGGACGGAUACAUACGGCGAGACGCGAGGAGCCUCACGAGAGUAUGGAAGGUUCGACGAAGAUGGACGCAGAGAGUUCGAGCACCCCACACGUGAAGAUGGAUACCCCGAAACAAACCAACGUUCAAACUGGUAACUAGACGGUGUUUGAGGAGAGCUAGUGGAAUAUAAUAACUUUUUUCUACUUAAAACGUUCUAUACAAUACUUUGUAGACUACUACUAUUUUAGUCUACUUUACUUUAGUACAGAUCAAGCCUAGACAAGUAUAGCCUAACCCCGUGUAACACCUAAACCUGU